AUGUCUUAUAACACCUUUACAAAGUUUCUUCUCAAAGAUGCAUUGUCUUGUCUGGGUGCCAUAAUAAAAUUCCUAGAUCUAAACGCUUUUGACACGAAUCGUCAUGUAUUCACAUUAGAAACUUUUAGUCUUGAAAAUCAUGUACGCCUAGAUAGUGCUGCCAGUCGGGCAUUGCACUUAUUACCUGGUCCAGAUGAUAAAAACAAGUUUCACAGUGUUUAUGGCGCAUUGAACAAUUGUCGAACAGCUCAAGGCCAGCGUCUUCUAGCUCAAUGGCUUCGACAACCUUUAAUAGAUAAGUCAAAAAUUGAAGAACGUUUGGACUUAGUUGAAUCGUUUGUUGAAGAAACUGCGAUACGUCGAGGAUUGCAUGAAGGUUUCUUACGUCGCAUCCCUGAUUUACAACGUCUAGGACUGUUAUUGAUUAUUUUACAAAGAGAAUGUUAUCAACACUUACAACACCAUUAUUGUUACUAA